UUUAAUGCUACAAGGGUUGUUUACAAAUAGUCACAGAUGUUUCUGAUAGUGUCUACAAGGUUGUCUAUUGACAUCGUAGCAAGAAAUAACACUAUAACAGUUUAGCUCAGUAGCCCACACUAGGCAUUUUAAGAACACUUUAUUUUAUUUUACAGUUUUCAUUCAGGUCACCAGAUUAAUCCUUCACCAGUUCCGGCGGCUGGUUUGAAGGAGCAGCUAUAGACAUAUUCUGUACAAUAUGAGUCGUUUCCAAUCUCUUGUUUCUACUAAAUGGCUUUGGAAUUGUAUUUCAAAUUCAAAUACUUAUUCCUCCAAACUGAGAAUACUUGAUUCAACUUUUCAUCUCCCAAAAGCUAACAGGGAUGCAUAUGGGGAAUAUAAAGAGAAACACAUUCCUGGAGCUCAGUUCUUCAGCGUUGUGGACUGUUCUGACCACACCUCGAAAUAUGAACAUAUGUUGCCAACGCCACAGGAGUUUGCUGCAUAUGUUAGUGACAUAGGAAUAAGCAAUGACACUCAUGUCGUUGUAUAUGAUGCUUCAGAUAGUUAUGGUUUUUUCUCGGCACAGAGAGCUUGGUGGAUGUUUCAUGUAUUUGGACAUGAACAAGUGUCAGUACUCAAUGGAGGUUUAAAGAAAUGGUGUGAAGAUGGAUAUCCAAUAACUGAUACCAUAGAAAGCAUGGAGAAAGAAACUUUUCACCCAAAGUUGAGGACAGAGUUGGUGAAGAGUUUUGAAGAUGUUGAAAAAAAUUUAGUUACGAAGACUUUCCAAAUUGUUGAUGCAAGAUCUGCUGGAAGAUUUCAUGGAACAGGUCCUGAACCCAGACCUGAGAUUAAACCAGGACAUAUCCCUCUUGCCAAAAAUAUUCCAUACGGAACAGUGAUUGAUAAGAACACAGGAACCCUGAAAUCCUCUGAUGAGCUAAAGAAAGUAUUUUUGUCAGCUGGAAUAGACCUGGAACAGCCUCUUGUGGCUUCAUGUGGAUCAGGUGUGUCUGCUUGUGUUCUGUCAUUUGCAGCAUCCACUCUUGGGAAGACUGUGCCUGUGUAUGAUGGAGCAUGGGUUGAGUGGUACCUUAGGUCAAGGUCAGACCAGAGAGCCAGCUGUCCAGAGGACAAUUAAAUAGGUUUAACUCUACAGUUCUGUGACUUCCCUAUGUCUAGAAUGCUUCUGCUUAAAUGAUAAGGAAGUAUCUCAUUGUCUUUGUUCUUUGUUAGAUGCAUCACUGCGAAUAAGCAGUAAACAUAUAAAAGAGAAGCUAGGUUUAUUAUGUGUAUUAUAUUUGUUAGCAAAACCUUGUUGUCCCAACUGUUACUGAAUGACAUGUAAAUACAACACAAUUCUCAGAAUAGGGGGCUCGACAUUGACAGCAGAAUCAACAGUGCAGUAAAAUAAUAACAUUAUUUCCUCUUUUGAAAAAUUUGAAAGUAAUAUGCCUUGCCUCCAGAAGAACAAAGUCACAUGAAAAAAAGAUAAGUCAAAGUCGUUACUGACAACAUUAAGAGUAUAGUAAAAUUGCAUGGUAUUUUGAACUUGCUAACCCCCCCCCCCCCCCCUCUUGGGGCCAUUUUAAAUGUCCUACCCCUAAUCUCUAAUGAAAGCAAAAACGGAGAAAAUAUUUUUCUGUAUCUCAUAUGAUCUACUUUCUAAUAUCUCAUUAUAUCACCAUAUUACACUAGUGUUAUCAUAUGAAGACUUCCCAAAAUCUAAGCAGCAGAAGUAUGAAAGAAAUAAUGAUCGAUAUACUAAAAUCUUUCAGAAGAAAUAUGGUCCAUCUUAUAUUUUAUUGAGCUUCUCAGUGUUCAUUAGUUCUGUUUCAUAGAAAUAUGUUCUUAAAUAGUGAUUAUGCUGCAAAUCAAGAAAAAAUUUGUAAUCAAUCGAAAGCAUUAAUAGCAAUUUACAUGUAUAUCUGCUGUAAUGGAAUUCAGAUGUCUUUUGCCAUGAAAAGAGUGACCUUGAAAUAGCCUUGAUACAAAAACAAGAACAUUGCACAUCUUUUUUUCUUUUUCUCAAAAGAGUGUGUACAUUCUGUAAUUGUUGCUUACAAAAUGUCAAAUCUAAAAUCGUCCAAUAAAUUUAUAUACAGUGUGUGGUGGUCAGCCAGGUUUGAUAGGGGCCUGGGUUCAAAUUCCGGUCUGGUCCGUUGCAUUUUCUUCCUUCCUGUUACAUUUGGUGCCAUGGACCAGCUGCUAGAACUGACAGGUGAAAAUGCCUGCCAGGGGAUGAAGAUCCUGGGUUGAUGUCUUCAAGUGUGAAGACAUUUAUGGAGGGAGGACCUAAACUACUUCACUCAAGUCAAUCAGUGGCUCAGGUGGUACCCCUACAACCCAAAACUGAGGACAGAAAAUGAUAGUCCUAGGGGUCCCCUGCCUUACCUGCAUACUUCUUUUGCAGACUCUUCAAAGAUGAAAUUCUUUUGAACCUUCAUUCUGAUUCGAUGUGAUGUAAGGCCCAAAAAAAAAAUAUGUUGGUUUCCACUUUCCUGACUGACCCUAAAAAUUUCUGCCGACCCUAACACAUUUUUUUCCAUUCUCACAGAUUUUGCGAAUGUCAUCACUACAACAAGAGUAUAUUUAUUGACUUAUUAAGUUAUUUAUUAUGCACAUACUUCCCAUGCAGAAACAGUUUUCGUUUACAGUACAGUGGAAGAACUUUUUUGAUUCAUCAUAUAACUUUUAUUUGAUUACUAGAUAAUCACUAUAUUUUAUACAUAGUAGAAUACUGAAUCAUUAUAAAAUAAUUCAACCUAUGGAAAAAAAAAAUUAAAAAUAAGAUAAAAUGCUACCUACCUACCGACCCUUAAAUUUUUUUAGAUGAAAGUGGAAACCAACAUAUAUUUUUGGGGGGCCUAAAAUAGGCAUUACAGGUGAGCUUAAUUGCCCUCACAUGCUAUGUGACUCCUUUAUAGGGUCCUUUAUGGUUGACUUCAUUUUUCUCUAUCCCUUUAUCAUUUUUAUUUUAUUAAUCACCCACACACCCAUGCUUGUACUUAUAUUAUGAAAAGAAUUAAACAGACUAAUUUUA